AUGGCGUUCCGAACAGCCAACGACGCCAUUUGGUGUCGUGCGUUCUCAUUACCAUUGGAGGGGGAGGCGCUCGAGUGGUUUAACUCACUCCCUCCCAAUUCCAUCGAGAAUUUCGCUAGACUACAGCGUUUGUUCAAUCGACAAUUCGCCAUCAGCAGUACUCAGAACUUGACCGUCUUCGAGUUGGUCUUCCUGACACAGGGAAAGGAAGAAACUUUAAGAGCGUUCAUGGAUCGCUACCAGAAAAUCGUCCGACGAGUAAAGGGCUUGAGCUUGGAUCUUUCCCUGUAUUACAUCCUUCCCGCCUCCAAGUCCGGACCGUUUAAGGACAGCGUCUGCCGGCGGGUGCCCAAAACCAUGGAAGAGUUGCGAGAGAGGGCGGUAGACAAAAUAAGGCUGGAGGAAAUGAAGUUGUCGUAUAAAAAGGAAAAUCAGGAGAACAAGGGAGAAAGAGCGGACAGGGGGAAAUCGGGUGGCCAAGUUGGGAAGCCUUGGGGAUUCAAACAAAGAGAACCGCCCCGGGGGCCACGAUUCCAACAAUACACACUAUUGAACACCCCCCGGGCGAAGAUUUUCCAAGAAGCUUUAAGCGCGGAGUUAAUCCCGGACCUGAAGAGGCGACCCAUGCCGCUAGGGGCGGACGGUAAUAAACACUGCAUGUAUCACAAGAACAUGGGCCACACCACAGUGGAGUGUGUAACCUUGAUGGAUAAGAUCGAGGAACUAAUCUGUGCUGGGCAGCUGAAAAAGUAUGUGCGGAACGAUCGCCCCCACGCACCCAUAGACUGA